AAAAACGACAAAGGUAGAAAAAUAAUUUUUCACUCCAGAAAUUAAUGAUCAUGAGCUCGUAUUUGAUGGACUCUAACUACAUCGAUCCGAAAUUUCCUCCUUGUGAGGAAUAUUCACAAAAUAGCUACAUCCCAGAACACAGCCCUGAAUACUACAGCCGCAUGAGAGACACUGUCUACCAGCAUCAUCACCAGGAGUUGUAUCCUCCGCGAGUGACCUACCAGGAGCGCCCGUAUAACCGUGUAAGCAUCCCCGAGCCCGAGCCCGAGCCCCAGACUGGCCAUGGGCGUACACACUCGGGGAAUCUUCUCGCGGGGAAGGCACAGACAGCUCCAUGUGAGCCCUUGCCACCGUUACCCACAUCCCCUACGACCCCACCGACUGCGCCGCCUACCUGCAUCCAAGCCACCCCGGAGCAUCCCAUCAGCUCUACCUCGUCUAAGCAGCCUGUAGUGUACCCAUGGAUGAAGAAAAUCCACGUCAGUACCGCGAAUCCCAAUUACAAUGGAGCAGACGCAAAGCGGUCCAGAACAGCUUACACUCGCCAGCAGGUCUUAGAACUGGAGAAGGAGUUCCACUAUAACCGCUACCUAACUCGGCGAAGACGCAUCGAGAUUGCCCACACCCUGGUUCUCUCCGAGCGCCAGAUCAAAAUUUGGUUUCAGAACCGAAGGAUGAAGUGGAAAAAAGACCAUAGGCUACCCAACACGAAAGUGAGAUCCUCCUCCAACACUAGCGUUAUCUCCGGGUCCAACACAGCGUCAACAACAGCCAGCACUCUCCAGCGUGCGGUGGUCUCCAACACUGUGCCAGCUUCGGAGGAACUCUCUCGAGUGUCCGUAGUUGAAAGAAACCAGGAUAUUACAAGGUUAUAGACAAACAAUAAUAUCUAACAAAUAGGAAGAAAAAACAACGGAUUAUUUAUAAAAAUACAUAUUAUUUUUUAUAUAUUUGUUCCUCGUAGUGUUCUUGUGCGUAAACGGGGUUUUCCUCUCAGUCCACAGUUAUUCACGAUUGCAUGUUACAUAGCAUGGAUUACUGUAGAUAUCAAUGCAUUAUUACGGUUAUCAGGGUUAAUUUAUUUAUUAUAGAAAUUGUUACAUUUUUUUGUAAAACAUUUUUGACAACAAUAAUGGACAUUAUCAAUGAAUUUGAAUGUCAAUAGAUCUACAUGCACAACAGUUUUAUUUAUUCUCUGAAAAAGAAUGGUAGGGUAAUUUAUUUAUUUUUUAAUCUCAGAAGUGACAGUAACAAUAGCAAGUAUACGUACCAUUAAAACAAUAUAUUGCAAUAGCCUACAUGUGAAUCAGUGAAAUGUUGUGAAUAAUUUUUCAGCACAACCUCUUAUCAGUAAAAGUAAAUCUUAGGUAAUGAGUGUAGUGUGUUUUGUGAUGACUUUUCUGUGAUUUAGCUUUAUUUGAAUUGAUCAGA